GGGAGUGAACCUGAGACUGAGGAGAGAAAGGGAGAGCGAGGGACUGUCAGUCAUGCAGGAGGAACGAGAGAGAGAGACUGAGAGCGAGGGACAGGCUUUCCCAGAGGAAGAGUGGGCCAGAGGGGGCUCCCUAAAAUUCAAGCAUUUUCUAACCUGAGAGAAUGAUUCCUGGACCGUUCUUCAUAAGCUUCAAGCUGGGUUUCCAUCUGCAGCCUCACAGUGACCUGCUCUGCAGCGCGAGCCUCCAGUGAGCCUGGGGACGGCUGCUUUGCUGGGAUCCAGUCGUGUCAGAGAGUGAGAGGACAGUGGAGCAGACCGUGGAGCUGCUCUGGUGCUGAAUCACUGAAGCCCUGCACACCUACACAGCAUUAACGGAUUAGAGCAAAUCUGCUAUUGAUACUGUGACUGGCAAUGUCACAUUUUCGAGGGUCCUGCCAGAAGAUGACCCCCCCAGGUUUGAAGGCAGGGGGCCUUGAGAGAUCGAGUGGGAGAAGGGACUGGCCCCACACCCCCCAGGGAGGAGAGAGGGGGAGCAGCCCCCCCCUGACCCCCCGCGAUCACAGGAGAGUGUGCUCUGUCCUGUCUCAGGGGAGCCAGCAGCACCCCCAUGAUUCAGGACCAACCAGGGAGCAGGGGGCAGUGUUAGUGAAGUCCCAGGACCGGCUCAAGGUGCCUCGCUUUCCUGUGAUUCAGAUCAGAACCGAGCAGACAGCAGAGAAAGCCUCCAGUAAGCAGGUCUCCUUCCCUGCCCGCUCAGCCUCGCAGCCGCCACAGCGCCCCUCGCAGGCCAGGAGGAGGAAGUGCGUUCCUGUGCUCAGUGUGGAGAUGAGCCCCUGGGGGGGUCCCUCCUUCUCCGAAUCCUCGUUCACAACCAUCCCCCCCCGAGAGGAGAGAGAGAAGGAUAGAGUGGCCCCUGCUGGGCAGGACACGGGGAGCAGGGGCAGAGCCCCCAGGAAGCCCCCCCUUCGCUCCCGGCUCCGCACAGCCAGGCUGCCCCACCUCCGCUCCGUCUCCAACCUCAGCUUCAGCCGCAGCUUCACCUUCUCAUUCUUUGAGCUGCCAGAGCACCAGACCCUGCAGCACAGACUGGAGAAACAGAGAGAGGUACACCUGCUACUGAGGGAGCUGCAGCUCUGAGGAGAGAGAAGAGAGAGAGGAACCUGCUACUGAGGGAGCUGCAGCUCUGAGGAGAGGAGAGAGGAGAAGAGAGAGAGGAACCUGCUACUGAGGGAGCUGCAGCUCUGAGGAGAGAGAGGAACCUGCAGCUCUGAGGAGAGGAGAUCAAAUCUUUCUUUAGGUGUUGUUAUUUUGAUAUAGUUUUGAGGUUGAAUAUUCAGUCCAGGUUUGAAGCACUCACUCUUCAUUACUGAUAUUUAAAUCCAGAAGAAACACAAAAUAAAUAAAAAUCUGUGUUGAAGUCUUUGUAUUGGGGUUGUUCAUUUUAAAUGCCAUGUGUUUACAGUUACCAGUUCUACAUUAAACAGCAGAAAUAAUGUUACUGGCUUGCCAGACCCAAGAGCCUUUUCAUUUCUCAGGCUAGCAGA